GUAUAAAUUACGUUUUCCUCGCCGGGCGCCACUUUCUGGAUCAUUAUAGCGUCCUUUGUUUCACAUAAUCGCAAGAGGAAGAAGGAAAAGAGUCACUCCAAGGAAGACGAUAAAGAUGUCGUACUCCAGACGAUCAAGGUACUCUCAUUCUCCUUCUUACAAGUAUAGCAGCAUAUCUGUCUCGCGGUCGAUAUCCAUGUCCCCAUCUUCUUCAAGGAGCCAAUCAAGUAGCCAUUACUUGAGGGAUGUUGAAAAUCCUGGAAAUAACUUGUAUGUAACUGGACUUUCAAGCCGAGUGAGAGAGCAGGAUCUUGAAGAUCACUUCUCAUCCGAGGGAAAGGUUCAAGAUAUUCAUCUUGUUGUCGAUCCAUGGACCAGAGAGUCACGAGGAUUUGCUUUUGUGACGAUGUCCACGUUGGAAGAUGCCGAGCGGUGCAUCAAGUAUUUGAACCGUUCCGUACUUGAAGGUCGGAUUAUUACUGUUGAAAGGUUUUUGUGACAGCAGAUGUAGCAGCUCUUCGCCAAUGUCAAAUUAACAAAUCAAAGCAAACAGAUCAUAUAUAGUCAUCAGGGCUAGGAGGAGAAGAGGCCGCACACCAACACCUGGGAGGUAUCUUGGCAUGAGAACAGUUCGUGAUCGACGACGCUCCCCAAGUUCUGAAAGAAGUCGCUCUCUCUCAUCUGAGCGAAGCAGGAGCAGGAGCAGGAGCAGAUCAUACUCUCCAUACUAUAGGCGUAGGCAUAUAUCAUAUUAUCAUAGACAUCCCUCUCCCUAUUCUCCCUACUCCCACCGCCGCCACCACUACCACUAUAGGAGGAGCAGAUAUCAGCCCCCUGAUGAUAGAGACUAUUACUAUUACCAAAGAAGCCCCUCCCCAAGGCCUCGAAGGUACACGAGACGCUACACGCCGAGUGUGUCUCCUCCUAGGUAUCGAAGAAGAAGCUACUCUACAAGUGUUUCUUCUCCAAUGCCAAGGAAGAGCCACAGAUGGCAUGGUUCUCAUUCUUAUAGGCGCGGUCGGCGUGUUUGGGACCGUUCCUCUUCCCCCUCCAUUUCCAAUUCCACUUGGUCUUCAGGAAGUGUUUCAUCUCCAAUGCCAAAGAAGAGCUACAGACGGAAUGGUCGGCGUGUUUGUGACAGUUCCACUUCUAGUUGGUCUUCAGGAAGUGCUUCUUCUCCAAUGCCGAGGAAGAGUUACAGACGGAGUGGUUAUCGUUCUCAUAGACAUGGUCGGCGUGAUUUGGACAGUGGCUCUUCAUCAACUUCCACACCUAGUUGGUCUUCAAGUGCAUAUUCAAGAAGCACAUCUUCUUCAACAUCUCAGUCCAGGAGUAGUGCUGCUACAUGUGCAUCUUCAAGGUCUCAUUCGCGAUCUGUUACGCCCGAGUCUGCAUCGCCUUCUCGUUGAAGGCUCCACGUAUGGUAUGGUUCGACCAUUGUCAGGCGUGUUUCUUGGUGUUUUAUCUAUAUUUAUUUGUUACUUAUAUAGUUUCUAUCUAUAGGGGUUUUGAUCUGAGAUGAGACCGUAUUUGAUCUUACUCUUGUUCUCUACCUGAAUGUCAAUAUAUAAGUUUUUCAUAU